CAUUCAUUCUUUUUCCAAUUCAAAAUUCUAAAGCUCUUUCUUCUUGUUGGAAAAAUCUACGAUUCAAGAUGCAAAUCUUUGUGAAAACAUUGACCGGCAAAACUAUCAUCCUUGAGGUUGAGAGUUCAGAUACUAUUGAUAACGUGAAAGCUAAGAUUCAUGACAAGGAGGGUAUUCCAGCGGAUCAACAAAGGCUUAUUUUUGCAGGGAAACAGCUUGAAGAUGGAAGGACACUAGCUGAUUAUAACAUCCAGAAGGAAUCCACUCUCCAUUUGGUUUUGAGGCUCCGUGGCGGUAUGCAAAUUCUUAUAAGGCACUCUACUUUUAAGACCUUCUUAACUUUGGAGGUAGAAAGUUCUGAUAAAAUUAUGAGUGUGAAGGAGAAAAUUCAGGAGAAACAGGGAAUUCCCACAGACCAACAGAGGCUAAGUUUCGCUGGGAAGGAAUUGGAAGAUGGUCGCACCCUUGCUGAUCACAACAUCCAGAAUGAAUACACUCUCACUCUAGCUUUGAGGCGUCGUCGGGGCAUGGAAAUUCUUGUAAGUAACUUUAUUACCGAUACCACCAUGACUUUGGAGGUAGAAAGUUCUGAUAAAAUUGUGAGUGUGAAGGAGACAAUUCAGGAGAAACAGGGAAUUCCCAAAUACCAACAGAGGCUAAUUUUCGCUGGGAAGGAAUUGGAAGAUGGUCGCACCCUGGCUGAUUACAACAUCCAGAAGGAAUACACUCUCGAUCUAGUUUUGAGGCGUCCUCGGGGCAUGGAAAUUCUUGUAAGGAACUAUACUAAUAUGACCAUCAUAACUUUGGAGUUAGAAAGUUGUGAUACAAUUGAGAGUGUGAAGGAGAAAAUUCAGAAAAAAGAGGGAAUUCCAUCAGACCAACAGAGGCUAAUAUUCGAUGGGAAGGAAUUGGAGGAUGGUCGCACCCUUGCCGAUUACAACAUCCAGAAGGAAUCUACUAUCGCUCUAGUUUCGAGGCGCAUGGAAAUUCCUUCUACUCUCGCUCUAGUUUCGAGGCGCAUGGAAAUUAUUGUUAAGAUCUAUACUACUAAAAAGAAGAUAACUUUGGAGGUAGAAAGUUGUGAUACAAUUGGGAGUGUGAAGGCCAAAAUUCAGGAAAAAGAGGGAAUUCCAUCGGACCAGUCACUAAUUUUCAAUGGGAAGACAUUAAAGGAUAGUCGUACUCUGGCGGAUUAUAAUAUCCAGAAUGGAUCGAAACUACAUAUAACUGGAUAAGGAGGGAAUUUUAUUUUUAUAUGUCUAAGUCUUUUAUUUUUUCUUUUUCGUUAACUUGACUUCACGCUUUUGCCAUUUUAAUAAAACUUUCAAUU